GGGGUGAGCUGAGGUGAGCUGAGGUGAGAGCUCCGCGGGCACUUGGCCGUAGCGGGAUCCUGGGAGAGGGACGGGGCGCGGCGGGACCCCUGGCGCCGCAGAUCCCCGUCCCCUGCAGCGGGACCCCCAGGUUUAUAAUGGAACUUACAUCUUUGCCUAAAUUCCUUUGGACAAGUGACAACAAGCUUCUGCAUCACCAUUUUCCAGACAUACUGGCUACUGUUCAUACCACACAAGACAUCCCUGAAGAAGUUGUUUUUGGACCAUGCAUGCUCCAGAACACCCUGCUGGACACUGUAGCUUUCAUUGCUCUCAAGUGUUCUGACAGACGGAACAUCCACUAUGUAUUUAAGGUGGAUGUUACAUCUGUGCACAGUCCCACAGGACUGCCCUGGAUGAGACUGGUACAAGCAGCUGCCCAUAGCAAGGAGCAGAACUUGGAAGCUUACUUGGAAAACAGUCAGUUGUACUAUCGCUCCACCAGGAAAAUCAGCAAAAAUGAGGAGCUGCUUGUCUGGUAUGAUGAGGAGCUUUCCAGCCUCUUGGGUUUCAAUGAGAUAAAAGCUCAGAGGCCCCUGAAUGAGUUGAGAUGCCAAGAGUGUGACCGAGUCUUUAAAUGUGAGCAUUCCUAUCUGUCCCAUGUCCGCUUCCUCUGUGUCCCAGAGAAGAGUGCUCUGCUAUGGAGAAACUUCCAGAGCCCUAAAACUGAAAAGGGCAGCCUAGCUGAGCAGACCACGAAUUUCCACAGCCUGGCAAGGGACCUGGAAGUCAAAAUGGCAGCUUGUAAAGAUGAUGCACAUGGUCUUAUUGGAGAAAGGAGAGCAAAGUCUGAAGAGGCUGAGAGCAACAGGAGCAGGAAAACAGUGCUGUUGGAGAAAACCAAUAACUUGACUGAGGAACGUAACUGUGGGGGCAAGGAAGAGGUUGGGGGAGAGCAUGCAUUGGCUGGUUCUUUCAGGAAGCUUAGUUCAGGGAGGCAGUCAGCUAGGAAGGAUGCUUUAGAGCAGAAGCAGAGUGCUUUCACUGAGGUCAGGAGGAUGAAAGAGAAGCUGAGGAAUGAGAGACUGCAGGAGUCAGAGCAGGAGGAUGGCACGGCCCCACUUGGUAAAGAGCAGGUGUCAAAGGAAGUGUUGCUGAACUCCUCUGGUAGUGCUUUCUCCUUUGUUUGGCCCACCAGAGCUCGAGGAGAACAGAAGAGUGCUUUCAGCAAGCCCAGUAAGUGCGUAACAGAAAGAGCUGCAGUAAAUUCUUCUCAUCCCAUGAGUGAGUCAACAAAGAGCCUGGGGGAGCUGUCUGGCUUCAUUGCCACCGCAGACAUCAUGUGCUGCGGCAGUCUUCUCAAUUCCAAGUUCUUUGUCAGUGAUUUGUGUAAUGCUCAGAUGCUGCAGACAAGCAUCACUCGGAGCAAUGUUUUCCCGUAUACCUCAGAACCGUGGCUCAAGCAAGCAGGAGGACAGUUACAAAACACCACCACCACUUCCUCCUCCUCCUCCUCCUCCUCCUCCUCUUCUUCCUUGACUCUUCUUCCCCCCACCUUCACAUCCUUUGGAGUGGCUGCCCAGAACUGGUGUGCCAAAUGCAACCUGUCCUUUCGCAUGACAUCUGAUUUAGUCUUCCACAUGCGGUCACAUCACAAGAAAGAAUAUUCCUCAAGUGAAUCCCAGUGCAAGAGGAGGCGGGAGGAGAAGCUGACGUGUCCCAUUUGCCACGAGUACUUCCGAGAACGCCAUCAUUUAUCCCGGCACAUGACUUCUCAUAAUUAGAGCUGUGCAGGCAGAUGUCACCAAGGGACCCCGCAGGUUGGAUGAAGAAGGGAAUGAUAGUUCGCUUCAAUCCAUUUCUUUUUGAGUUUACAUUAAUUUCUUUCAGGAAAUCACUGUUUACAAUAAUUUAUAAUAGAUGCUUUGCAAAAAAAAAAUUAAAUGUUUAC